UACGCACGUGGCCCCAGCAAGGAAAGAAGCCCGCGCUGCUCUGUUCGCACGUGCGAUCGUCAUCAAUCCAUCUCUCGCUCUGCUCCUCUGUAGAAUCUUCCAAUCAUCGUCGGCGUGGUGGUCGCUGGCUUCUCGUAAACUCUAGGAACUCUUCUCCCAAAUCCUUCAUCUGCGACUCAUCUCGAUCGAUCUCGCCGCUGAUUGGCAUCGCCGGAGAUGAAAAAGAGUAAAUCGAGUAAAAACGCCCAUGUCCAUCAGCAGAAUGGCCAUGCUCUUCCCUUCAAGUUCGCCAAGUUGCUCGAUCCUGAGGCUUCUUGGGACAAGGAUCAAUUGGGAGAUGUGCUGCAUUGGAUCCGGCAAGUAGCAGGACUUGUUUGUGGUUUGCUAUGGGGCGCGGUUCCUCUCAUUGGUGCGAAAUGGAUCGUCCUAUACCUGGUGUUGUCUUCAUCCAUUGUCUAUGGAUACUAUGCGCACAUUCUUAAAAUUGAUGAAGAAGAAUUUGGUGGCCAUGGAGCACUACUUCAAGAGGGACUCUUUGCAUCAUUUACGCUGUUCUUGCUAGCUUGGAUUCUGGUAUACAGCUUGGCACAUUUCUGAUUAGAACAUUUGGGAAAGUCUAUAGUCUGUUCAUCAUCAUGGUUAGUUCUUGAACAAAUGGAAUAACUCGGAUAGCCACAGCAUCACUGCUUACCACCUGCAAACAGGUUUCCUGGCUUUGUUGCUUUGCAUACUUAGAUCGUUCAUUUGAGAUGCAUAAGUGCUUAAUUACAUUACGAUCUUGACUAUUUCAUUCAUAUUUUACUAUUGGAGUUAUUCUGCAUUA